GUUUUCUGGAGGCGCAACGAAACACAGAAAGGAAUAUGCCGUUCUACUUAUCUGCAAAGAGUGCAUUUUUCAUAUUCGUCCAAGCAACAAUAUUAGUGGGCGACGCUUUGACAAAGGAGAUAGCUGACAACAGUCACUCAAUGUUUUUUGACAAGUCGAGAAAGGGCAUUGGUGUAGAUUCCACUAGAGACUCCUGCAUAAAAAAUAGGGUUCCCUCUGAGCCACGACCAACUCAGGAUUCUAGCGACGAGCAGGGAGAUUACCUCGAUGAGGCGUCAUCGUCGUGCACAGAGUUUCCCGUCACAACUCCUUCGCCCGGCGAAUUAGUCCCAUUCCAAUGCGGAAUCGUCGAAGGUACUUUUCCUGAACCCUCAGACUGCAGAAAGUAUAAUCGCUGCAUAGUAAUCGGCGGAAAUAUGCACAAAUACACAAUGACUUGCCCGGAUGCGUCGUACUUUAAUAAAGUCAGGAACUUGUGUGCUGUAGGAACAUGUUGAUCAUAUUAAAUUUUCUUAUACGCAAUUUUUUUCGGAUUUAAUUGAUGUUCCAAAUGUACACGUACCCUGCAUAUUUAUAUUGCAACAAGCUAUUAUAUAUUCUGUGAUGAAGAAAUUGCCCAACAUCAACCUUUCACAAUACUUUAUUCCAUCCCCCUAAACCUGAACGCAUCAAUUUAACUUUCAAACUGUCAACAUUUGGUUUGGCUUACCCACUAGUAUAUUAUAUUUCUGCAUUCCACACUGAUUUAAAACAAAUAUUAAAAUAUUCUGCAAAUUUUUCAUUUGCAAUACACAACCUAUCUUACCUAUGUCAUUAGUUCCGACUUAUACCAGAAGGGGUACAUAACUAUUUAUCAACAAUAAAACACCCAUAACAAGUU